AUGCUAUGUCUGACGGCCCAGCUACCUGCCUGGCUUGGUGGCAUCGGCGGAGAGUCUGUAUUUCUCGAUACAGAAGGCAAUUUCAUGCCCCAGCGCAUCAAGCAAAUGGCUAACGCCUUGAUCCUGCACUGUAAACGCCGAAUGCCCGCCACACCUCAGUCGUCGGCACCUUGUCCUAAUUCUCCGACGCACGUCAACCUUUUCUCGAAAGGAGUCAUAUUGGUUGCACAGGGCGACCAUCAUGAUUCUAUGGCGAUGAGAGACAUAGACCAGACAGGUAUAAAACUGCAUCUUCAGAAUUAA